UCGCCGCUGCUGCUUCUUCGACUGGCCGUGUUUUCGUUAAGCCUUCUUCACCUUUCUCUCGCCGCCGCCGCUGCUAGGUCCACUCCUACUGCCCGCCGCUUCGUCUCGCUCUCCCCUGAUCAAGGAGAUGAGUUGAAGUUACCGUGGCGGAUCGGUGGUGAAAUCCAGCUGUCGACCGUCGGCAGGAAGGGCGGCGGUGGUCGCGGAGGGGUUGGAGUAGGCGGCGGCGGUCGCGGAGGAGGCGGUGGAGCGGGGGCUCGUGGCCGCCGUAAUGGUGCGGUGGUGAACUGCGGUCGGCCAAGUGGCCAGCUGGUUGGCCUUGUAGUUUUAGUCACCGUUUUCGCCUUACUUUUCUAAGAACCAUGUGAUACGGAUCUGCGCUUCAUUUUUAUGUUUUGGUAAUAAUGUUUUGGUUUUUGGAAUUAAUGGGGGGGAUUUUUGGAAAUUAUUGGUAGUUUUGGAAAAUUAGAUGAGAUAGGA